CAUAGUCUGUAUCUUUUUUUUUUUUAAGGCCAUGAUUGAAGAAGCCAUCACAAGAGCAGAAUCUUUUUCCGUGAUGUACACGCCAUUUGCAAUCAAAGUCAAGGCUGAAAAAAUCGACAAGUUGAAAGAAGCUUUUACCAAAAAGCACCCAGAUUAUGUGGAAUACAUAUAUACAGAUCCCCACGGACUUCACAGUUUGCCCCAAACUGCAGACUGGUCUUGCCCUUCUCCCCAGUCGUAUUUGCUGACACUGGGUUUCAAAAACAAAGAAGUCGGGAAGUUCCUGGAAAAGAUGUCCUGCAGGAAGCUGCCUGCGUUUUCAGAACACAAAGCACCUUUCAGUCCUCUUACAAAAGAAGAGGCAGGGAGACACCUGGAGACCAUUGGGAAAAGGAUCUUGCCAACAAUAGACUUCAUUAGAGGCACCAAAUUAACCGAGACUUUCUGUGCAUGUUCGGGCAUGAUAGAAAAACUGCAGCACGCCAGCCUCCUCGGGCGCUUGCAGCGCUUCAAGGAGCAGUCCCAACUGAUUAAUCAAGCCAUGGCUGAGCUCGCAACCAUCCCCUAUCUCCAGGAUAUCAGCCAGCAGGAUGCUGAACUGCUGCAGUCGCUAAUGGCAGAUGCUAUGGACACCCUCGAAGGAAGAAAAAGUGAUAAAGAACGUGUCUGGAAUAAAAUUCAAAAGGUCGGAAUUAUAGAAGACUUCCUAUACCAAUUAGAAGAUAGUUUCUUAAAGACCAAAAAGCUUAGAACGGCGAGGAGGCAGAAAAUGAAAAUGAAGCGGCUUCAAAGCGAACAGCCCUGCUAG